AUGAAAUCUAACAAAAGAGGAGACGGCGGUGACUCUGUGCACGACCAUCAGCCCAGCGGGCAAAGGCGGUCUGCCUGUACUGCAAUCCAACACUGCUCUCCAAUAUGGUUCACGAUAUGCAUGGAUACUGGAAUCCUUUCGAUUAUCACGCACCUGCUACCAUACCAGUUCAACGGUCUCGGCGUUCUGUCGACCAUUUUGUUUGUGUUCAACCUAUUUCUGUUUAGCCUCUUCACGCUCAUCAGCAUCGCUCGCCUGAUCAUGUUCCCUACGAACACGAAGAGCGAAGCAACCAAUUCAGCAGAUGAGAUCUCGUACCUCGCCGCUCCAGCCAUUGCCUACUUAACUAUAGUCAGCCAAGUUGGUCUGACUUGCAGCCCUGCCUGGGGACAUGGACUUACCAUUUUGGCGUAUGUACUAUGGCGGAUAGGCAUGGUGUGGACAAUCCUCCUGUGCUCGGCUGCGAUUCUCGUCUUGGCAAAGCGGAAAGUCACAGACGAUCGCAGCCUCUCACCAGCCAUUUUCCUUCCGACCAUCAGUGUUAUGACGAGCGGAACUACAGGUGGCCUACUGGUCAAUUAUUCCUACAAGAUUUCUGCUCGCUUGGCUCUUCCCGUCAUUAUAGUCUCCUAUAUGUGCAUCGGGUAUGCGCUUUUCCUCUCCAUCCUUCUCUACGCCAUCUAUCUGCAUCGCCUCAUAGCCGUCGGUCCGCCACAGCCUACUAAAAUCCCUUCGCUUGUCAUCACUGUCGGACCUCUUGGCCAGUUCGCUACAGCUAUUCAGCUCCUUGGCACAGCUGCGUAUACCAGGGCCGACUUCGCCGAUUAUGAUCGAGGCGCGUUCCUGAAAGCAUCGGCCGCCUCCGCGGUUGCUUCUUCGGGUGUGCUGGUUGCUCUACUGAUCCUUGGUUUUGCCUUGUUUUGGAUAGCUACUGCAUGGUACAUUCUCAUUGAAGCGUUGCUUAUGAGGAAGCUCUCGUUCAGUUUGACGUGGUGGAGCAUGAUUUUUCCAAUGGGAUCACUGUUAGGAGUCUCCCAGCAUGUCAAAAAGGAAAAGGCAGAUAGCGGUGAGAAUAACGUCUAG